AUGAUAAAGAAAUUCAAGAAACUAUUUUAGAGUUAAUCUGAGUUCUAAAGCUUUUUAACAAAAUCUAGUUUGGCUAAAGAUAAUUUCAUAUAUAAGUAGGAGGACUUAGAAAUUCUGAUUCCAUUUCUAACUGAUGAAUAAAAUAUUGGAGAUUUUUUUAAGGUUUAUUAGGAGGAGAAUUUGCAACCAUAUACAGUUAAGAUGAAAUUGUUAAUAACAAUUCAUUCAGUAUUAAAUAUUAGUGAUGAAUUUGCAUAAGAAUUUUCAAAGAUUAAUUUUGCAUAUUUCAAUAAGUAAUGUAGAUAGUAAAGUAGACCAACAUCAAAACCCGAAACCUUUGUAUUCAAAUAGAUAACAAACGAAGUCUGGUUAUUGGAUAAUAUUUAGAUUCCUUUUCUUUAAUAUCUAUAGAAGUUAGCAUUAAAUAUUUAAGAAAUAAAAGGAUAUAGAAACAAUAAUCCUAGAAAAUAGAUGCUUUAAUCUAAGUAAUAGUGAUUAAUUAUUAUUAGUUUGGUUGUUGAGUGUUUUAAAUUAGAAAAUUUAGUAAAUCAAGGUUUAUCAUUAGUUCCAUAAUUAAAAACUGCUUUAUCUAAUUUUCCUCAUGAUUUUCUUCUAAAAAAAUUAGCUUGUAAUCUUUAUAGUGAGUUGAGACAAUUUCAAAGAUAAUUGAUAAACUCUCUUUCAGCACUUUUAGACACAAAUUCAAGAGCUUCCAAUAUAGAAAUAUUUGAGUUUUUCAGAGAAGUAGAAUUCAAUAUUAAUUUAGGUAUAAAUAAUAGAAAAGAAAACAAUGUCUUAUUAUAUGUUACAUAAAUUGUUUGAUCCAGCAAGAAAAUUAAUGCCUCCCUUAUAAUUGAAAAUAGAUCUAAAAAGUGCAAAGCAUCUCGAAUAAUAAGCCUUAAAUGAAAAAUAAAGAAUUAUUCAGUAGAGAUAAUAAAGAAGUUAAAGAAAUUCUCGAUCAAAUAGUACUGAUUAAUAAUCAAGGACUUCUUAAGGAUUUAUUAGUUAGAGAGAAAGAAGAUUUAUGAUACAUAGUAGAGCAAAGAAAUAAGAUACAAUAUAAGAAGAUAUAGAAUUACCAACAGAAGAAUAGUAACCAGUUUCAGAUUAAAAAAUAUAAAAAAAUUAGAUUGUUAAAGUUGAAUAAAAUAAUUAAGAUGAAUAAAAUAAUGAAUAGAGAUAAUCAAAUGAAAAUCUAAAAUAAUUUGUUGUUUCUGAAAAUAAUAGUUAAAUAGAAUAAAAUGACAAUAAUAAAGACAGUGAAAUUAAUGAAAGAUCUAGUUAAAAAGAAACGAACGAUAUAGCUAAGAAUCAAGAAAGUACUAGUUAGGCAGAUUAAGAAGAAAAUUAAGAUAUUUGA